AUGGGGACAGUAUAAAUUAUAGCCUCGUUUAGAUUCCUUAACUCCUCCACCCUGUGAAUUAACAAAACAAUUUUGUUUCAUCAAGAAGGGGGUUAUUGUUUUUUAAAAUUUAAAAAACCAAAUUUCGUAAGCAAAUAUUUAUUUUAAUUUGUAAAUUUAUGUUUUAAAAUGCAAUCUGUUUAAUAUUAACUAGAUUUUCAUAUAUCAAAUUUUUUUUCAUAAAAAUCUUUUAUAUGAAAAAAAUUUUUGUUCGAUCUAGAAUAGUUGCUUUUGAGCAAAAAAUAGGGAUUUCUGAAUGGUUUUGUUCUCUCACAGAGUGAGUAAGGCAAAUAAGAAUUAAAAUGGAUACGAUGACGGAAAUAGGAUCCAAGGCGACAUCUCCUGAUGGAGCAGUGGACGGCACAAUGGUAAGCUCUUCAUGAGCUAAGUAGUCUAUCUCAAAGGUAAGCCAGCUCAAAAAGAGGGGAUUUACUCCCUAAAGUUUUUCUGUCUCUGUUAGAUGGGCUAGACUACUUCAUGGUCACUUUUCAUCAGGACCAACAGGGUCCUCACAGACGGCUCUGUCCUAGGGAGCUAAUCCCUUGGAAAGGUGAUUUAGGUAGGAAGUCUAAAAGGGUGACCUUUUAAGCUAAGAUCGGCGGCUAGUGGCUUAGCCGCUUAUAGCCAGAUUAACUCUUAGCUUGACUUAAGGGAAACGUCCAAAGGUUAAAAUGGUUUUAUUAAUGCAAAUAAUCUUUAAAAAUUAUAUCUCUUUAGAAGAUAUUUCCUAAAGUAUCCAGAAGAUAACCUUCGCUAUAUGUACUCGACGAGAAACAUGCGGAUCAAAAAUCUCGCAAAAUUUUCCUAUUGACUCGAGUCCUACAAAAAUUGGUAAUUUAAUCUUCAUUGACUACCUUCGGUACACUGACAACUGCUGCUCCCUUGACGAUUUAAUUGAAAUUAUUCCUGACUGCAUUCCGACUGAAAUUCUUUGCUACUCCCUCACCAAAGAUUCAGACUCCAAAAAUCGGUCCUGCGUCGCUGUAAUUGGUCUCCAUCCCGAUACUUCAUUUUGCUAUAGCAUGCUUAUCGAAAUCCACGAAAACUGAGCCUUUAUUCAAUUCGGCACCAAAGAAAUGAUAGAAAAAAUCCGCCAAAAAGACAACAAUAAUAUCGAAUUUCUCCACAACCCGCUGCCAAAAUUCUCAAAAAUCGGUUUUCACAAGAUAAUUGGCCAUGUAAACGCCAUGAUUGAUUUAGAGAUAAAUUUCUCUCAAGAUAACUAUGGAAAAUACCUAUAUAGAAAAUUGAAAAAUUUGAUGGGAUAG